AAUGAACAAAUAACAAAAUAAAUGUAUAAUUUACAUUAAUAAAUUUAACAAGAGAAACAGCUGUUCAACAAAAAUAAGAAAUGCCAUUUGGUAUACCAAGAUGUAAAUGAUGUAGCAGGUUAUAAAGCGUGUUGUCUAGUUAAGUAAUAUACGUGGACAUAUGGGAUAAUGUAAAUUUAUGCACGUACCUGUAGUACUAGGCAUUCUGGGAAGUGUAGUCUGACCAAACAAACAGCACAGUACAAAAUGAAGGAGGUCCUGAGGGUUUAAUGUCUCUGUUAAAGGGGGGAAAUAAGGUUAAGUUAUCUCUGAAUGGAACCCGCCCCGCAGCUCGGGGGUUUAGUUGUUACAAGUGUUGGGACGCGGCCUUUCCGGUGUUGUCAUGGUGACGGUGAAAGGCUGUAAACUGCUAAAGUUUUGUUUUCAGCUUCGUUUCCAGAGAUUUUAACCAUAUCUGUCAGUCUUCAUCAGCAGAUGGAUAUUCCCCAGGAGAAGAUGGACACCGCUGAGACACGGAAGCGCACCGCGUCAUUUCUACCAGACAUUACCACCAACAGCAACAAAUGGAAGAGAAGUUCCCAGUAUCAGAUCAAAUCAGUCUCAGAUAAACCAGCUCACAUCCUCUCCAAGGAAGAAGUUGCACAGUCCAGAAACAGUCUGAAACAGAACAUCUGUGUGAAGAUGCUUCAAGAAGGUUACCACAGGUCGUUCUCCGAGGUUUUCUCUUUGCUGAAGUCUGAGCAGGAGUGGAGGGAGGCGGCUGAACCUGGUUCAGCUCUCAGGCUUCAGACUCCACUGGAGGAACAGAGCGAUAAACUGGAGACCAUGAGGCGGCACCUGAACCGGGCCGAGGAGGCUGAAAGGAUCGGCUCCUGGACCAGGGUGUGUGAGCAGCGCCUGUUGUUGGCUCGGUGCUUCACGGCUCCUGAGGAUCUGUGGCUGAGUUUGCACUUCUACCACAGCUGUGCAGACAGAAAGCAAGGGGGGCGCUCGAGACCAGCCACCGACGCCCGGGCCUCCAUGGCUGAGCUCUACCUGCAGCAAGGAGAGCUGCAGCAGGCGAUGCAUCAGGCGGAGCUGUGCGUCAAGCAGGCUGAAGAAGGCGGCUGGCUGGACUCCACCGGUCGGCCCCUGAAGCUCCAGGCUUGCCAGACACUGUGGGGCAUCUACAACCAGCUCGCCGAUGCUCCGCUGGACGCCGCAAACUACGAAGAGGCCCUGAAGCUGCUCCACAAGGGCUACAACAUAGCCACUGAGUCUGAAGACAAACAGAUCCAAGGGGAGGCCACCUAUCGACUGGGAGCGGCCUAUCAGCGCACAGGAGACCAUGACACGGCCAAAAAGUUCUUCAGCACUUGCAUGCAGAUUUACGGCACACUGCAGGACGCAGACGGACUGGUGAAGGCCUACAAGGCUAUGGCCAAGUCUAUGGAGAGUGGGGGACAAAUAGAUGACACUGUCCAGUGUCUGGAGAAGUUAGUCGACAUCACUCAAAGCAAUGGACUGCAACGCAACCUGGCGGACGCCUACUUGUGUCUGGGCAACAUCUACUUCAAAAUGGGUCAGUUCGAGAGAGCUUGUGAGUUCUUCCUUCAGGGUUAUGAAGUGGCCUGUAACAUAGAAGACGUGGCUCUGCUGCAGAAAGCACAGGUGUUGGUGGGCAGCGCCCGCGCUCGCUGCCUGAUCAGAAAAUACCGCGCUGACGUGAAGUCGGCCACGCCCACGGCCCUGCGACGACUGGUGGCCUGGAAAGACACCAGAGGAUGUGAGGAGUUCAGUCCAGACUCUACAGAUCCUGCUGCUGGUACUAACUCCUUAUCAGACAAUGAUCCUGGUGAACACCAGUAAGACCAGUACAUUCUCCUUUAUUCCUAAAACACACUCUAAUGACAGCUGUUUCAUUUAUUGAAUAAAUCAUAUUCUGUAAAUGUGUUUGAUAUAAUCUCAUUCCCUUGUUAACAGUCAAAUUAGUGACUUAAUAAAUACACAAGAGACGUGUAAACCUGUGUUUCCUCCUGUUGGAGAGGAGCAUCACCUAAUCCCAUUCUCACCAUGAUCUGAGCUAAUCCCAUCUAAUCUGCAGACUAACACAUGUUGAUAAAAGAAAGGCACUGAUCACUGAUCUCGUCUGACUCUGGGUAAGAGAAAACAAACAAACCAAAGAUUGCUCUUAAUACUCGGCUCAGUUCAAACACAUUUCAAUCAAAAAAACAUUUCAACAAUUUCAAUAACAAGUUCAGUUUUCCCCCGGGUUUCACUGUUGCUGUGAAUCCAGCACGUUGGACCAGAGAUAUCUCAACAUCUACUGGAUGGAGUGUGAGUUGGGAGAUGAACAGAAACCUGGUCGGCUGGAAGUAUGACAUGUCAGACUUUCUCCCGAGCACAUGAACGCAGCAUGACAGUUAACAGCUCUAAAUGAUGUAAAGCUGGAAAUGGCAGCACCAGAUCACAGCUCCUGUUUGUACGAUAAUUAGCUAAUAAACAGGUUUAUAAACCAUGUGGACAAACAGAAGAGCAGGCGGCCACUCCUGCUGUCCGUCAGCAGAGCAGAGGAAACGACGAAGAGGAGGAGGAGGAGGAUGAAGGUCUAAAUAUCUCAUCACAAAGGAACUCCAUUACAGCUAAUAAAAACCAUGAUGCUGAAGUUAAACUGUGAACUGUUCUCUUCUCAGGUUCAACAACUAUUAUUAUUCCAACUUUCUUUUUUAUUAUUCAACUUCAUGUAAAACUUGUACAGCUUGUGUUUUAAUCACAUUAAAUUUUAUUUGUUCAUA